AUGGAGGAGUUAGUAAUGGGUAUUGAGGCAGUGCAGCUCUCGGUCGAGAAUGAUGAACUAGAGCAGGGGCAGGGUACGGACAUGAGGCAGGGGAGUCCGAAUGUCGUAGGCGAAUCGGAGGAGGUGCAGAGAGAGGAACGAGAAAAGCGGCAGAGGGUGGAGGAAGAGCGGAAGAGGGAGGAGGAGAAAAAGGCUGAGCGCGAACGGGAGGAAACGCGGCAGAGGGAGGUGGAAGAGCGGAAGAGGGAGGAGGAGAAAAAGGCUGAGCGCGAACGGGAGGAAACGCGGCAGAGGGAGGUGGAAGAGCGGAAGAGGGAGGAGAAAAAGGCUGAGCGCGAACGGGAGGAAACGCGGCAGAGGGAGGUGGAAGAGCGGAAGAGGGAGGAGGAGAAAAAGGCUGAGCGCGAACGGGAGGAAACGCGGCAGAGGGAGGUGGAAGAGCGGAAGAGGGAGGAGGAGAAAAAGGCUGAGCGCGAACGGGAGGAAACGCGGCAGAGGGAGGUGGAAGAGCGGAAGAGGGAGGAGGAGAAAAAGGCUGAGCGCGAACGGGAGGAAACGCGGCAGAGGGAGGUGGAAGAGCGGAAGAGGGAGGAGAAAAAGGCUGAGCGCGAACGGGAGGAAACGCGGCAGAGGGAGGUGGAAGAGCGGAAGAGGGAGGAGGAGAAAAAGGCUGAGCGCGAACGGGAGGAAACGGGGCAGAGGGAGGUGGAAGAGCGGAAGAGGGAGGAGAAAAAGGCUGAGCGCGAACAGGAGGAAAAGCGGCAGAGGGAGGAGGAAGAGCGGAAGAGGGAGAAAAAGGCUGAGCGCGAACAGGAGGAAAAGCGGCAGAGGGAGGAGGAAGAGCGGAAGAGGGAGGAGGAGAAAAGGGUUGAGCGCGAACUGGAGGAAAAGCGGCAGAGGGAGGUGGAAGAGCGGAAGAGGGAGGAGGAGAAAAAGGCUGAGCGCGAACGGGAGGAAAAGCGGCAGAGGGAGGUGGAAGAGCGGAAGAGGGCGGAAGAGAAGGCUGAGCGCGAAAAGGAGGAGAAACGGCAGGAGGAUGAGCGGAAGAGGGAGGAAGAGACUAAGCUGGAGCGUGAAAAGGAGGAGAAACGGCAGAGGGAGGAUGAAGAACGGAAGAGGGAGGAGAAGGCAGAGCGCGAACAGGAGGAGAAGCGGAAGAGGGAGGAGGAAGAGCGGAACAGGGAGGAGAAGGCUGAGCGCGAAGAGGAGAAACGGCAGAGGGAGGAUGAGCGGAAGAGGGAGGAUGAGCGGAAGAGGGAGGAGAAGGCUGAGCGCGAACAGGAGGAGAAGCGGCAGAGGGAGGAGGAAGAGCGGAACAGGGAGAAGGCUGAGCGCGAAAAGGAUGAGAAACAGCAGGAGGAUGAGCGGAAGAGGGAGGAUGAGCGGGAGAGGGAGGAAGCGACGAAGAUGGAGCGCGAAAAGGAGAUGAAGCGGCAGAGGGAGGAUGAAGAACGGAAGAGGGAAAAGACGGCAGAGCGCGAACAGGAGGAGAAGCGGCAGAGGGAGGAGGAAGAGCGGAAGAGGGAGGAGAAGGCUGAGCGCGAAAAGGAGGAGAAACGGCAGAGGGAGGACGAGCGGAAGAGGGAGGAUGAGCGGAAGAGGGAGGAAGCGACGAAGGUGGAGCGCGAAAACGAGGAGAAGCGGCAGAGGGAGGAUGAAGAGCGGAAGAGGGAGGAGGCUGAGCGCGAACAGGAGAAGCGGCAGACGGAGGAGGAAGAGCGGAACAGGGAGGAGAAAAAGACAGAGCGCGAACAGGAGGAGAAGCGGCAGAGGGAGGUGGAAGAGCGGAAGAGGGAGGAGGAAAGAAAGGCUGAGCGCGAAAAGGAGAAGCGUCGAAGGGAGGAGGCGCAGAUGAGGGAGGAGAAGCAGCAGGCUGAGCGCGAACAGGAGGACAAGAGGCAGAGAGAGGAAGAGCAGAACAGGGAGGAGGAGAAAAAGGCAGAGCGCGAACAGGAGGAAAAGCGGCGGAGAGAGGACACGUGA